AGGGUUCGGUGGGCACAGCAGAGCACAGAGGGACCCCGCACUUCUGCACCGCUCCUGUCCAGGUGUCCCAGCAGGAGCAGAGGCGCCGUGCCUGGGAAUGGGCAGAGCUCUGGACCCUCAGCAGAGCAGCACAGCAGGCAGCUGAGGGGAGGAAUGAAGAUACCCCAAGAUGUUCAACUCCAGCAGCAACUCCUCAGGGAACAACUGCACGCACAGCACAGUGAUCACCACGACCUUCAUCCCGCUGCUCUACUGCCUCAUCUUCCUCGUGGGGCUCUCGCUCAACGCCCUGGCAGCCUGGGUCUUCCUGCACGUCCCCAGCACCAAGAGUUUCAUUGUCUAUCUCAAGAACAUCGCUGUGGCUGAUCUCCUCAUGAGCCUGACGUUUCCUUUCAAAAUCCUGGCUGACUCUGAAAUUGCACCCCCGGAGCUGAACCUGUUUGUGUGCAGGUACUCAGCAGUGGUGUUCUACAUGAACAUGUACAUUGGCAUCUCCUUCUUCGGCCUCAUUGGGUUUGACAGGUACUACAAAAUCGUAAAGCCUCUGUUCACCUCCUUUGUGCACACAGUGAGCUACAGCAAGGUGGUCUCUGUAAUCAUUUGGCUGUUACUAAUGGCUGUGUCAUUUCCAAAUAUGUUUUUAACCAAUGAAAUCACUAAAGACAGUUACUCCACAAAAUGUAUAGGUCUUAAAAGCGAGCUUGGCAGGCAGUGGCACAAAGCAACCACCUAUGUUUGCACAGGGAUUUUCUGGAUUGUUUUUUUUCUGCUGAUCAUAUUUUACACUUCAAUAUCCAAAAAAAUAUACAGCUCUUACAAAAAGUUCCGGAGGAACUCAGAACUGGCCAAGAGAAAAACCAGCAGGAACAUAUUCACCAUCAUGUUUGUGUUUGUCAUUUGCUUUGUGCCCUACCACCUGUGCAGGACCCCGUACACCAUGAGCCAGACCAGCUCCCACUUCUCCUGCCAGUCCCAAAAAUCUCUGUUCUACGCCAAGGAGUUCACCCUGGUGCUGUCUGCUGCAAACGUCUGCCUCGACCCCAUUAUUUAUUUUUUCCUCUGCCUCCCCUUCAGAGAAAAGCUGUAUCAAAAACUGCAUCUCAAGCUGAAAGCUUCAAGUGAUGUUGAAAUUUCUAAAUCCAGAAGAUCAAAUACGCUUGGGGAAAGUAUAAACAUAGUGUAGGUUUGUGUCUCUACAAUAAUGUGCACUUCUGGAAGUUAUUGAUGACAAAUGUCCCAGAGAAACAGAGCACACAGCAGCCAGCAGCAAACAGAGAGGGGCUCAGCACCAGGGGCUGCCUCUGUCCAAAGCCAGCUCUGCCUGUGCCAACAUUCUCUGUGCUGUCCCAGUGAUGCCCUGACUGACCCAGCUGGAUCUCAGAAACACGAGGAGAGCCUGAGCAGCAAUUCUGGAGCCCCAGGAUGGUGGGGUCUCUGACAGGACCCUCCAACAGACCCCAACCACACCAGCCUGCUCCUCUGGACUCCCCUGAGCAGAAACAGGUCCUCACCAAACUGCAGCACCGCCCUGGUUGUGGGGCAGAAGGAGCAGGAGUGUCACAGAACCACCUGGGAACACACAAAUGCAGCUGCCCAAAAACUCUGCUACACCUCAGUCCACAAAGAACUGUUUGCCCGUGAUUUCUGCACAGCAGUAAAGCAUUUCUGACUGGACCAAGGUAACAGCUGAAAGCCACCAACCUGCUCUAUACAAAUAUAAUCUCUUCUAUAACUUUAUUCUUCACAUCAGCUUUUUUUUAAAUUGAUUUUAUUAUUGUACAGGGAAGACAUACCAGGACCUAAAGUACCUGCUGAAGCUUUCAGACAGUGGCUCUGGAGCUGAAUGCCUUCAUUUUACUUUACAAAGAAGCCAUAGGAACAGAAAUAACAAGUCCUUCACCUUUCUGCCACUGCAUUUCAUUUUAGCCCACACAGAUCUAGGGGUGAAAAAUAUUUAAACAUUUGGUCCUUGCACCUUCUCUGAGGCUGUGGGUUUGUUCUCUUCAUCCAACACCCCUGGACAGCAGCAGCAGGAUUCCAUCAUUGCACAGGACUGCACUCCAGCCAAAGCUCUGGACACCUCCCCUGGGGUCACACUGAGAUUUUGGAGCAGAUCCAGCUCCAUGCAUUUCCCACCCACAGCAGAGCAGCUCCAGCCUGACCCCAGUGAGCACCAGUGCCCACCAGUGCCUGGGGCAGCCGGGGUGCCCUCGGGCUGUGGAAGCUGAAGCUGCCCACAGGGACUGCAGGAGAAGGCUUUGUUCUGGUUGUGUUUGUUAAAGAAAAUACAUUAAAGAUAUUUAUAUGGUUCUUUCAGAGCUGCCUGACUCUGUCAAACUGAGGCUCUGCAGGCUCUGCCCUCCAAGCCAGGGAACCUGCUGGGGAAGGGAAUCUGGUGCUUUGUGGGAGAUCUUUGGUCAUUUAUGGCAAAAACAUUCGGUUCCCUACAUGGCAGGGCUUGGUGUUUGCCUACAUAAAUUUACAUGAUUGCAGCUGUGAAAGAUCACUGGCAUAGACAGAUGAGAACAUCCCCACAAUAUAAAUUUGAACAACUUCUUAAUUGCUUUGCAAGCUUUGAAAAAAAUGUUUAUAUUGUGCAAUUGUUUCACACCUCACCAGAUUACUGAUAUUGGAAUGAGAAGAAUCUACA